GACCAAAGGGGAUACUCAAUGCGGCAGGUUAGAAUGGACAGGCUGUUUCCAGCUAUGUAAUGUUUUUCGAUCACAUGACAUGGAAAUUGACCAGUGCUUGCUGGAGUCCCUCCCUUUGGGCCAGCGUCAGCGGCUGGUGAAGCGGAUGCGCUGUGAUCAAAUAAAGGCAUAUUAUGAACGAGAAAAAGCGUUGCAAAAGCAGGAUGGAUAUGUGAAAAAGCUGAAACAUGGAAAAAAACAUCGAGUCCAUUUCAACCUUGCUGACAUGAUACAGGAUGCAAUCAUAUGUCACGAUGACAAAGAAGUGCUAUGGUUACUAAAGGAUGGUGCCGACCCUCACACACACAUUUCCUCAGGAGGCUCCUUGCUCCAUCUGUGUGCCCGUUAUGAUAAUGUCUUUGCUGCUGAAAUUCUAAUUGAGAGAGGAGUAAAUGUAAAUCAUCAAGAUGAGGAUUUUUGGACAUCAAUGCAUGUAGCCUGCGCUUGUGAUAAUCCUGAUAUUGUCCUACUACUUCUGUUA